AUGAGACUAUUCCCCCUCAUGGGGUCCCUCCUUACUGGGCCCGCCUUCGCAACCGUCCCCAUACUCACCGAGGUCGCCCUUAGAGGUUGUGCCGAUGUCUCUUGUCCGGCCGGCGAGGUCCAUGACUUUGUCGGCGAGUCCAACUGCACCGUCGGCGGCUCCGUCAUCCGCCGCGUCGGCAUCGCCCCGGAGGUCCUCGACAUCCCCAUCGACAACAACAACAUCACCGACAUCCGCAAGCUCUCCCUCACAGUCGCCACCCUGCAUGGCGCCCCUUCCUCCCAGACUUCUUCCAACUGGAUGAAGAAGCAGGUCUACACCCAAUCCUACUACCUCGGCGCCCCCUCCGGCCUCAACCUGUCGAGCCGGGAGUACCCAAAGGGCUGCGCCCUCAUCUUCCAGCACCUCUUCCAGACGCUGCCCAUAGCCCACGAGGUCGAGGACUUCGAGACCACCGACUGCUCCCCGUGGCUGCAGCAGAGCUGCAUGGACGAGAUCACGGGCUACGUCGACGACUUCCGCGCCGAGCACGCCAAGGAGAAGACGCUGCCGCGGUGCCAGGACAUCGCAAUGUACCUCGAGGAGCGCACGCGCACGGACAAGAACUUCCACUGCAACCUGAUUGCCGGCGCCGUGAACAUCACGGGCGCCGAGAUCAUCGGGCCCGACGCCCCGACCGCCCUGGCGCAGGACGCCGGCAUCAACAACGGGUGCCAUCCGACCUUGCCGUCGUCGUACGACCUGUUGAAGCUGACCGACGUCGAGUUGAUCCUAGACGAGGAGGGCGGCUCGACGAGGCCCACCGGCGGCCUCAACGGCUACACGCCCGUCAUGAGCGUCCUGUUCGACAAGUUGCUGUAUUCGCAGUGGAUCUGCAUGAAGACCAUGAGCGAGUUGGACAAGCAGAGCUCGGAUGCGACGAGGAGUACUAGUAUACCCGCCGUGACGAGACUGGUAAUAGCUUUCGCCACCCUCCUCGCUUUGAUGAUGUUAUAG